AGAAUGUCGACAGUGACCUUAGCAGGGGGCAAAAUGUCGCUCCGUAUUUCCUCGUCCAAACGCCUGUGGACAGUUUGUUCCCCUGGUCUUGUCUCUCUGCUACCGAGGAAUAAAAGUAUUAAAGGUUCAACUGGUGGACGGUGGCUGUCCCACACCGGAACAGGUGCUGACAGGCGGCCAUUGGAGGGUGUCAGAGUGCUGGACCUGACCCGCGUCCUGGCUGGACCCUUCGCCACCAUGAUGCUGGGAGACCUGGGCGCUGAAGUCAUCAAGGUGGAGAAACCAGGUACCGGUGACGACACCCGAGCGUGGGGUCCACCCUUUGUCGGUUCAGAGAGCGUCUACUUCCUCAGUGUCAACCGCAAUAAAAAAAGUGUCGCCGUGGACCUGAAACAUCCCAGAGGAGCCGAGCUCAUCCAGGAGCUUGCAGGUGUGUGCGACGUGCUGAUGGAGAACUUCCUGCCAGGCAAACUUGCUCUGAUGGGUUUAGGAUACGAGGAGCUGAGCAGACGUAACCCUGCGCUGAUCUACUGCUCCAUUUCAGGUUACGGGCAAACGGGUCCUCAAAAUCAGAGUCCAGGCUACGACUCGAUCGCCUCCGCGGUGUCGGGGAUGAUGCACAUCACCGGGUCAGAGGACGGCGAGCCCAUCCGCCCCGGUGUGGCUAUGACGGACUUGGCGACCGGCUUGUACGCGCACGGGGCCGUCAUGGCCGCCCUGCUCCAGCGCCAGCGGACGGGGAGGGGCGCUCACAUCGACUGUAACCUACUGUCCUCUCAGGUCUCGUGUCUCAGCCAUAUUGCUGCCAACUUCCUGAACGGCGGGAAGGAGGCAAAGCGCUGGGGGACGGCCCACGAGAGUAUCGUCCCCUACCAGGGAUUCAGAACCAAAGAUGGCCACAUUGUGGUGGCGGCAGGAAACGACCAACAGUUUGUUAAAGUGUGUCAGGUUCUGCAGCUUCCAGAGCUCACCCAGCAACCAGAAUACAGAACCAACAAGCUCAGAGUCCAAAACCGUAAAGGCCUGGUGGACACUCUGUCACAGAGAUUUCUGCAAGAGACGACGGCUGAUUGGCUGAGAAGGUUUGAGGGCUCAGGUGUUCCUGUUGGGCCAAUCAACAGCAUCCGGGAGGUCUUCUCUGACCCACAGGUGAAACAUAAUGGACUCAUCCAGGAGAUGAACCAUCCCACCGCAGGAUGCAUCGCUGUGCCUGGUCCCGCCGUCCGCUACAGUAGCUUCUCCAACCGCGAGCCCACGCCUCCCCCUGUGAUUGGCCAGCACACGGUGCAGGUGCUGCGCCACGCCUUGGCCUACAGCGAUGACGUCAUCACGGCUCUCCUGGCGUCGGGGGCGGUGGCCCAGAACAGAGUGUGCUGAUUGGUUUUCGGUCCACUUUGUAACGCAAACAAUAAAAAGUUAUCAGCC